UGGGUUCCUGCUUCUAGCUUCCAUUACACCACGACACGCACCACCACCAGUUAGUAAGCGGUGUCGGUUUAAAGGCUUUAGACCACCUAACAAUAGUGCCAUGAACAUAAGCAAAAAAUAAUUUACAGUAAUAUAAUAUAUCAACUGUAUCUUUAAGGUUCAUUCAUUCGGAAAUUGACAAAAUAAGAAAAGACGAGCGAAACCUAAGGGACGUCGACAACCCGGCAAACAAAGAGAUCCCUUCUCGACGACAACAUUUUUCCUCAAUAUUCUUUAGUUAUGAGUCAUGUGGCCGUCGAAAAUUUACACGGUCUAGAACAGCAGCUUGCUGUCCUAGGCUUGAACAAUGCUGAUGGGCAGGGCGGAGGCACUGGCAGGACCUGUUACAUUCCACCUCAUUUACGGAACCAAGAGGCUUCCAAAAAUGAUAUGCCUGGCGGUUGGGACGGUGGACGCAGCAACGGCUUCGUGCAGAAUGGUUACCACGACAACCGCAUGAAUGGGGGCAACCGGUACAACAGUGGCCCGCCUCGCAUGGAGAGGGGCAGGGGGGGUGGAGGUUUCCGUGGUGGCAGGGGCGGGUCCUACAACCCGGUACAGCCUAUGCAGAAUGUCGGCAUGUUUGGAGUCUACGACAACAAAGAUGGCGGCGGCUGGAACACGACUAAAGAUACGUACACCAGCUUCGGCGCGCGUCCUGAUAGGGGGAAGUCUGCCUUUUUCAACAACGGUGGGAGUGCACCCCGAGGAAGUUACCAGCGUGGAGGGUUUGGAGGCAGUGGAAACAGCCGCUGGGUGGAGGAGUCCAGGGAUGACGAGGACUGGUCCAAACCCACUCAGGCCAAUGAGCGCCUGGAACAGGAGCUGUUCGCUGGUGGUAACACAGGGAUUAACUUUGACAAUUACGAUGACAUUCCUGUUGAGGCCACUGGCCAAAACUGCCCCCAUCACAUUGACAGCUUCCAAGAUGUAGAGAUGGGAGAGAUCAUAAUGAGUAACAUCGCCCUGACCCGCUACACUCGGCCCACUCCGGUCCAGAAGUACGCCAUUCCAAUUAUCAAGAACAAGAGGGACCUGAUGGCCUGCGCCCAGACAGGUUCCGGUAAGACUGCUGCGUUCCUGUUGCCUGUACUGAGUCAGAUCUACACUGAAGGCCCAGGAGAAGCCCUCGCUGCCCAGAAGUCUGGAGGACAGGACAACGGAAAGUAUGGUCGCCGUAAGCAGUACCCCCUCGCUCUGGUCCUGGCCCCCACCAGAGAACUGGCCCUGCAGAUCUAUGAAGAGGCCAGAAAGUUUGCAUACCGGUCCCGUGUGCGUCCUUGUGUGGUGUACGGAGGGGCUGACAUUGGCCAGCAGAUCAGAGACCUGGAGCGAGGCUGUCACCUGCUGGUGGCUACACCUGGACGCCUGGUGGACAUGAUGGAGAGGGGCAAGAUCGGCCUCGACUACUGCAAUUACCUGGUGCUGGAUGAGGCUGACCGGAUGUUGGACAUGGGUUUUGAGCCCCAGAUCAGACGCAUCGUGGAGCAGGACACCAUGCCCCCUAAAGGCAUCCGUCAGACCAUGAUGUUCAGCGCUACCUUCCCCAAGGAGAUCCAGAUCCUGGCGCGUGACUUCCUGGAGGAGUACAUCUUCCUGGCGGUGGGACGUGUGGGCUCCACCUCUGAGAACAUCACCCAGAAGGUGGUGUGGGUGGAGGACGGUGAUAAGAGAUCCUUCCUCCUGGACUUGCUCAAUGCUACAGUCAUUCCGAGCGAAGUUCAGGACAAUGCAGGUGAAAACAUAGAGAAACCUGGUAAGAACUCUCUGACGCUGGUGUUUGUGGAAACCAAGAAGGGAGCGGAUGCCCUGGAGGACUUCCUGUACCGUGAGGGUUACGCCUGCACCAGUAUCCAUGGCGACCGCUCCCAGAGGGACCGAGAGGAGGCUCUGCACCAGUUCCGCUCGGGACGCUGCCCCAUCCUGGUUGCCACAGCGGUGGCUGCCCGUGGCCUGGACAUCUCCAAUGUCAAGCACGUCAUCAACUUUGACCUGCCCAGCGAUAUAGAGGAGUAUGUCCACCGUAUUGGCCGUACUGGACGUGUCGGCAACCUGGGUCUGGCCACGUCGUUCUUCAACGAUAAGAACGGCAACAUCACCAAGGACCUUCUGGACAUCCUAGUGGAGGCCAAACAGGAAGUACCCUCCUGGCUGGAGAGCCUGGCCUAUGAACACCAGCACAAGAGCAACACCCGCGGACGCUCCAAGAGGUUCACCUCUGGUGGCUUCGGAGCCAGGGACUACCGUCAGACCAGUGGCGGCGGCAGCACUGGAGGGUUCGGGGGUCGUGGUGGACGCCAGCCCAGUGGGCAUGGAGGAAACCGUGGAUUUGGUGGCGGCGGUGGCUUUGGAGGCAACUUCUACAGCAGUGACGGCUAUGGAGGAAACUACUCUCAUCAGGGGGGAGUGGACUGGUGGGGCAACUAAACAUCCCUCUAACCCUAUCUCCCUACACCUCCUUCCUCCUCCCCCCACCAUCGCAGUGGGUCGCACCACGCCAAACUCACUGAUAAGGAAACCACAUGUGUAACCUAAGCCAGACUAUAUAAACCCCCGUGUAGCUUCCAAACAGACUGCAGUACAUUACCAGCUGUGAUUCUCUGACCGCUUUUCCAAAAAAUGGAGCUGAGAGACGGGGGACCGAGAGGACAGCUGACCAAGAGGAAAGCUGGAGCCACUGAGCGAUUCCUAAAGAAACAUGGCACCGCCAGGCUCUGGAAUCAUCGUGUGGCCGCCCGUAGUGACUAUAGCGUAUUUAGGAUCUUGGGACUUGCAGUUCUUUUUUUUUCUUUCACUACAACUGCUUUUUCUUUCUUUGUAACAAAACAAACUGAGGAUCAUUUGUUUGUAAAUGUACUGUGCCUUUAACAAUUAGAUUGUUUUAUCUGUAUUUUCUUUUACGCGUCAUAACUGGCUAAAACCUGGCCAACAAGAACUAAAUUAUAUAUUUUUUGUUUUGGGGUUUAAAUGUGGUUUUGUUAUUUUAUUCGGAAGGAAAACAAAAUAAGCUUGAACUAAAUAUCAAACCUUGGCAAACACUGAGAUGACAUGACUUUUGAGUGAGUCAUUUGUCCAUUUGAGAUUCAAAUUUGUCACAGGGUAAUUUGAUGGCUCAAACUAGCUUCGACCGCAUGUUGCAGCCAUCCUAUGAGAAUUCCACUAUAGGUUUUCAAACCCUUGUGUGACAAAAGUGCACUUCAAGGAAAAAAAGAGUUCAAAAUAUUUUUCGCUCACUCUAUCCUGGAGAGGAAUAUGGUAGUCUUCACUAAAUGAGCCAUUCCAGUUGUACAAUUUUAAAAUUGAAUAUUUAGAUGGUAUGUUCAUACAUACAAGCUAUUUGAGCAAGUCGAUGCUCAAAAGUUCAGUUCCCCACUAACAAAUUGACUUGGCAUUGUGGCACCUAGUGAAGCAACUUCUAGCUGCCUGGUGGGUGAAUUUAGUUUUUGAUUGAGCAUUUUUACUUAAACAUUUUGAAGGAUGGAAAUUGACAAAUAUCCAUCCUUCUGAGAGAAUGUUUCUUAAACUGGUCAAUUCUAAAACGGCGCUUGCCAUAUAGAAAGUGAAGUUCGAAUGGUUGCCAUAGGACCACACAGUAACCUGGGUGGCUUUGCUUUUUGUCAAGGCCAUCCUGGGAUGAAAUACGCAUGCAAGUGUUGUUGUUUUUUGGUCAAGGAGUUUAAAAAAAAAAUGCAAAAGGAAAUUCUGCAGCAGGCUUUUAUUUCAUUACAAAAUGUCGUUCUCUUACACCUUUAAUUUAGUUCUCUUUUUCAAGCUGCGUUCGAAUCCGAAGGACAUUCUCGGGUUAACUGUUUAAAGACACAAGCUCUUCCUCCUCAGAGAGCGUAGGAAGGUCAGAAGUUACAGGUUAAGGGUCAGCAAUGUACAGACGAGCAAACUGAACUGCACACGUAGCAAAGGGUGAUGGGAAGUGCAGUUUAUUUACCAGUGCACCAUUUUAAGAGGCAAUGACGUUUUCCUGUGUAUGCUGGCUGGUGAAUCUAGCCCACGCGACCCGGCCAAAGACGGGGGUGCUUUAACUAUCCUUCAUUCUGACACAGAACCAAUGCAGCUAUUCUUCCCUUUGUAGGGUUGGGCCGCCUUGAUGUAUUAUGUAAAACCACUGGCCAGUUUACUACUAUAGCUGGCAUCCAGGCUUCCUCUGUAUAUAGGAGGGAGGCCCAACGUUGGCUAGAAAAUGGCAUUUUAAGUGCAAUAGGUAUAUAUUCUCAGUGUGUCUGUCGUGCCUUGACAUUUUGAAUCAAUAAGUGAGGUGGUGGUUAUGAAGCAGAUGCACUGACAGUAUUGUGUUAACUUAAGAUUGAAUGGUGCUACCUAAGUUAGGUCUAGGCCCCUUUGUGAUGUUACUUAAUGGCCAUCAAGUUUUCCAAAAAACAUUUUAUUGCACAUCUAGAGUUUUAUAUAAAUGUCUUGAGUGUGUGUCCUUAAAGCUUCCGAAUUUUGUGUGUGAGGAGAUUGUGAAAAACGCAGCUUGUUUACGAAAGGGGAAGGGUUAUCACUAUUUAAACCAGGAUUUAUUUGGGACCAGGGGUUAGUUCAGUAGCAGUCUGAGAAUUGAGCUAUUUGCACACAGAUUACUAGAUUCUACUUUUGCUGCUAGUUUGUGUAAUUUAUUAAGCAUUUUUGAGAAAUAUUUAUUUUUAUAAGCCUAAAGUGAUAGUUUAAGGAACUUGACCAAAAGACAGUACAAAAACACUGGCACUUGAAUGUUGAAUGUCACCGGUAUGCGUGGAAAUUUAUAUUUUUCGGGGUAGUGUGAGCUUUUUAAUGUCAGUCAUAUUGGACUCGAAUCAAAAUCCACACCUGUUACUUAUAGUAGUACUGGCCACAUGGCCACACCGUCUAAUCAACCUUAACGUUUAAUUGGCGAACAAAAUUCGAAACAAACAACCAAUGCCAAGGUUUGGAUAAAAGUGAUAACAUUUUCUAAAAAAUAUUGUACCAGUGCAAGAAGUGUCCAGAUUCUCUCCAAUUCAAUUUGCUUUUCCUUGUUGAGUUUUUUUUCCCUCCCCCAGCAAAUGUCUGGCACAUGGUAAUCUUAAGGAAAAAAAACAUGUGGUUCUGCUCUGUUGUAUUUGCAUAUUUGGGCCUCCGUGUGUGUUCUGUGGAGUGUGUGGUGAGUCUUAGCUGGAUCAAUGAGUCUUACAGUAACAUUGGCUGACUGAGUCUGAAAAGUAAAGGUUUGGAUGAAACGUAUGAAUGGAAAUGUGAAGCUGCAGAGAGGAGAGGUUGGAGAGCUUUCGGCUGGCCAGACACUCCCCUGAACGCCACUGAGUCGCCCACUAGUUUGUAUUUGCUUUAUGUACUAGUUUAGAGGCUGUGCACUGCACGAGAAAACACCUGUGCAUUUAUUGUAUGAUUUUACCAAAAUUAAAAGUUUUGACUUGCAAAUACUUAA